UGGCGAGCAGGAAAAAAAUUACUGUCUCUCAAUGAUAAUGCAAUACAUUGAAGAGCUUUAAAUUGUUUUAUAAAAUAAGUAGUGGUUUUGGUUUUAUGCCUCACAAAGGAUAAAAUUAUUUUAUAUCGGAAUGACGUGACGUCACAUCAGCUGAUGAAGUCACGUGAAAAAAGAGAGGAAACACAGCAGAUGGGCUUCCUCAACUGGCAAAACAAGUGAAAAUGACUACUAGCGCUCUAACACAGGGUCUGGAGAGGAUCCCUGAUCAACUGGGGUAUUUGGUGAUCAGUGAGGAUGGCGUAUUGGCGUCUGCGGGGGAACUGGAGAAUGACGAGCACACAGCUGGGGUCAUAAUGCAGAUGGUGCGGACCGCGUGUCGCUUCAGACUGCAGGGUGCUGCUGAGCCACCCUUCAAACGCAUGUCCGUCAUGCUCGAGGACUAUGUGUACACAGUGACCGUGUCUGGUCAGAAGGUGUUUGUGGUGAAACGUCAGAACAACCAGAGGGAACCUGUGGUGGUGUAGAAGCGUGUAGUGGAGAUGGGUUGGGAGGACGAGGGAAACCACUCCAAUCCACGCACUCACACAGGACAGGGACUCCGUAAUCCACUGAACUGUUCCAUUCCUAGUUCUAUAAGGUUUCAGAAGAAAGCACAAAUUAAGUUAUAUUGAACAAAAAUAUAUAUGCAACAAUUUCAAAGAUUUUACUGAGUUAAAGUUCAUAGAAGUAAAUCAGUCA